CAGGCCACCAAACGCCCCUGCUGUUCUACACUCAAGCUGUUCAUCGUGGCCCUGUCAUUCGCCUACUUCUCCAAGGCUCUGUCAGGGACCUACAUGAAGAGUGCCAUCACUCAGAUAGAGAGACGCUUUGACCUGUCCAGCUCUCUCAUCGGACUCGUAGACGGCAGCUUUGAGAUGGGUAACCUGCUGUUCCUGGCUGUGGUCAGCCAUUUUGGGGCAAAGCUGCACCGGCCCAGGCUCAUCGCUGUGGGCUGUUUCCUCAUGGCCGUAGGAUCAUUCCUCACAGGCCUGCCACACUUCUUCAUGGGACGCUACACAUUUGACACAGUCAUCCGAGGCUCAAUGAAUGACAGUGUCAGUAUAACUCCAUGUCUGGACCUUCUAAAGCAGACAGACCCUGAGAUCCAGAGGGAGACAUCCUCGGACAUCAACACAGACUGUGUGAGGGACUCCAGCUCCCACAUGUGGAUCUAUGUGUUUCUGGGGAACGCUCUGAGGGGGAUAGGAGAGACCCCCGUCACCCCACUAGGCAUCUCCUACAUCGACGACUUCGCUAAAGCUGAAAACUCUGCUUUUUACAUUGCAUGUCUACAGACCAUCACACUGCUAGGUCCCAUGUUUGGUUUCCUGCUGGGGUCGUUGUGUGCCAGUCUCUAUGUAGACAUUGGAUAUGUCGAUCUGAAGACUGUGACCAUCACUCCCAAGGAUGCCCGCUGGGUAGGGGCCUGGUGGCUGGGUUUCCUGGUCUCCUCUGUCAUCAUGCUCCUGUCAGGCAUCCCCUUCUGGUUUCUGCCCCGCUCGCUGCCAAAGCAGGGAGAGGAGAGCAAGCUGCCCCCUAGCACCUCUACUCAGGAUGGGACAGAGAACAGCGACGCCACCUCACAUCAGGCCAUGACGCUGGCUGAAAUUGCAAAAGGUUUCAUACCGUCACUGAAGAAGCUGCUGAGCACACCAGCGUACUUUCUGCUUCUGUGUGGCAGCCUCCUGAAGUUCAACUCCUUCAUUGGCCUGCUCACGUUCAAAGCCAAGUACAUGGAACAGCAGUUUGGCCAAUCAGCAGCCAGAGCCAACUUCCUCAUUGGUGUGUUGAAUCUGCCUGUGGUUGCCGUGGGGAUAUUCCUGGGCGGUCUACUGAUGAAGAGGUAUAAGCUUGGCGUUGUGUCUGGAGCCCAGCUGUCUUUCGUCACCUCCUUCAUGGCCUACCUCCUCCUCCUUCUGCAGUUUGGCACUAAGUGUGACAACGUUCAGGUGGCUGGGCUGACCGUGUCCUACAAUGGGACCCCUGGUGUGGUGUACAACGGCAACCUGUGGUCGGAGUGUAACAGAGACUGCUCCUGCUUGGCUGGGGAAUGGGACCCUGUGUGUUCAGACAACGGCAUCACCUACACCUCCCCCUGCCUCGCAGGCUGCUCCAGCUCUACAGGAUACGGCAAGAGCACGGUAUUCCACAACUGUAGCUGUGUGUUGUCCUCCUCUGCACCAGAGGGCAGUAUGUCAGUAAUAUUAGGCCAGUGUCCUCGCAGCAGAGAGUGCAGCCGCAGCUUCACUUCCUACAUGGCUGUAUCGGUACUCAGCUCCUUUAUCAACUCCCUUGGGACCACGCCUGGAUACAUGGUCAUCAUACGGUGCAUCAAGCCCGAGCUAAAAUCCCUGGCGUUAGGUAUCCAAACUUUGGUGAUGAGAGCCCUAGGGGGUAUUCCAGCACCAGUGUACUUCGGGGCUUUGAUUGACUCAACAUGUUUGAGGUGGGGGAUCAAGAAAUGCGGGGGCAGAGGUGCCUGUCGAAUGUAUGACUCUGAUAUGUACAGGUAA